ACAAAAACACCGUUUUCGGUUUGAUUUCGGAUUUUACAGGUGGAAUGGUUCAAAUAAGUAGUUGUAAAUAACAUGAGCAAAAAUGAUGCUCAAAAUAGAGACAUAGAUCAUGGUCGACGAAUCAUGUCUUUGGAGUUACGUCGUGAUUUGGAAAUUUUACGAAGAAUAUUGUUACGACUUAGUGCUUCAAAGGAAGACUCUUCUCCAUUAUCAGUAUUUAAGGCAUAUGAAAAUGUAUUACGCGAAAAUGGGCUUAGUCCUUCUGAAAAUCGUUACUAUAUUCGUGUUUUAUUCCGUUUGAUUUCUACUAAACGAUACUCUUGGGAACAGGAGUGGAAGAAUCUAAUGUCAAGAAUGGGGUUUUCUCACCUAUCAUCGAGUUUGCAAACUCCUUUACUUUCUCCUUCUAAUCAUAUUUCUGACGACCCAUUUAUUGUCAGGGAUUCAGAUAAAAAAAGAAUUACUCUUCAGGAGAAAGAGAAUGUCAAGGACGGUAAUAAUUUUGCCAGCAAUGCUGCGAAAACAAUCAAGUCGCUUUCAGCGAUGUCUCGUUUGGCAGAUCAGUUUCGUUCUAUUCGUGAGCAUCAGCUUCUAGCAACAACAUUUUAUUAUCUCCUCGAUAAGCAUAUGUAUCAGCAAAGAAUUGCUACAAUUUACGAGCGAAAAGCUACUGCUGUACAUCGUACUUUUCUGCUGCUCAAAUAUUUCCCCGUAUGGGUGCAAAAGAUGCGCCAGGUACAGGAGGUUAUGUCUACAGCUGAGACUGCUUAUAAUUUAGUUGUGCAGGAGAACUUCAUGUACGCAUGGCGUAAGAAGACGCGAGAGGUAUAUGCACGAUACAUUGAAGAACAAAAAAAGGUAUUUUUGCAUAAAGCUAUUCUCCAAUGGAAUAAACUAGCAAAUGAAUGGAAAGAAAAGCAUGAACGUAUACUCCUGUUGCGAUUUUUGACUCAGUGGAAACUUCGGAAGAAACAACAGAGCAACAGACGAGUUGAAGCAGUGGGUUUUUACAAUCAUACGCUUUGUAAAAAUUGUUUUCGAGCUUGGAGACUAAAAUCCACUGUUCUUUCUAUAAAAAAAGCCAAACGAAAAAGUGUGCUAGCAAGUUCAUAUUUGAAAUGGCGAGAUGUUUCAGCAAAGAAGCAAGAGCUACGAAAUGGAGCAGAUUUUAAGUAUAUCAGGAAUGUCGGAAAAGCUGUAAUAUCAAAAUGGUAUUCCAAAACCUCCGGUUAUUAUGCGCAAUGUGAAAAGGCUGAUGAAUUUCGCGACAGAACAUUGCUCGAAAACAUGCUUUCUAAUUGGAAAUCGAAGACAACUACUUGUAGAAAACUUGAUGAUUGGAUGGAUGAACACGAUGUCGAAAUACUAAAAUCUGCUCUUGAACGCUGGAGACAUCGGUAUUCUCGAAUUGAAGAUGGUUUACAGCUUGCAAAUUAUAUUUUACAAGAUACGUUUUUGACAAGAUGGCGUUUAGCUUUAAAAACAAAUAUAUUUCGAGAAAACAAAGAGUAUGCGCUCCUUGUUCAAUUUUAUAAGUUUUGGCGGAUUAGAGAAAAAGAACGUGCUUUUGAAUAUAAUUAUAACCAGAGGCUACUAGUAAAGACAUGGGAUACCUGGAUCGAGCGGACACAAGGACUUUUAGAAGUAAAGGACGUUGCAGAAGAUCUUCAUCAGGAGCGCCAAAUAAAGGCAGCCAAAAACUGUAUUUUAAAAUGGCGCAUGCAAUUAUUGGAAAAGGAAGAGCUGCUUAUCCAUGCUGAUGGCCUUUAUAAGAAAAACGUAAAAUUAAAGGUUUGGAGCAGAUGGAAAUACAUCAUGCAAAGAAAGGCUAGAUUACGUUGGCGAGCGGAUUUGAUGUACGACAAGAAGCUUUUAAAAUUAUCAAUGCAAUUGUGGAGAGGAAUUUGUGAGGAGGAAAUUACCAUAAAGUUGGAAACAAAGGUAGUUGAUUAUCAAUCAUCAAUAGAUGGAAAGCUAGUGGAACGUUAUUGGAAUUUCUGGAUAGAAAAGGUUAUGAAGCUUUCUGCACUUUCGAUGGUGGCUGAUCAGGCACGGCAGCGUGUACUAAUCAGGGCUUAUGAGGCAUGGUCAUACCAACAUAGUGAGCUAAAAGGGAAAUUAGAGCGAGCCGAACGAUUUUACAAUGAACGGCUGUUACGUUCGGCUUUAAUAUUUUGGCGGUACCAACUGCGGGCAGUACAGUUCCUACAAAAUAUUAGUGACUGGAAGCGACGGGAAUUUGAUCGAGGAAUCAUGCGCCGGGCGUUUGAUUCUUGGAAUUUGUUGACGUUCCGUGUCACGAGCCAUACAAUGCAAGCUGAACGAUUUUACCAGCAAAAACAAAGUAAACUUUUGGGAAAAAUGUUUCGGCGAUGGAUACAACGAUAUCGAAUUAACAAAGAAGACUCCUCGAUAUUGGAGAACACUACGGGUAUGGAUGAAUCUUCCAGUUUCAUGCAUGCGUUUGAUACAACUAUGCCAUUGCAGUAUGAUAGUGUUUUAGGGACUCCAUCAAACUUUCAACGGCAAUGGAAGCAAGAGCUGAAAACUCCCAUUUCUCGAUUUUCCAAGUAUCUGCGUCCGAUUCCUCCAAAGACUCAGUAAGUAAGGAUUCUAUGUAUGCUGGACUAUUUGAACGGCGAAAGUUAAAUGAAUUUGUACGUUUAUAAAUUGGUUCAUAAAGCAUGUGUAAAAACACACUGACCGUGUCGUGUCGUUAAUCCUAAAUACAAAGUCUUCAAUUAAACUAGUGUCAGUACAAAAGACCUAUCUUUACGUUACAAAUUCUACACCUACAAUGCUAAACGAAGAUUCAUAAGAAGCAUGCAUAAAUUAAACCAUCAAACCAAGAAAUGUACAUUAAUAAAGCUUUGACGAA